UCCGCCAGGUGCGCGUGCGCAGCGGCCCCGACCCCGCCUCAGUCUUCCUGGGCGGCGGUGGGUGUCCGCUUCUCUCUGCUCUUUGACUGCACCGCACUCGCGCGUGACCCUGACUCCCCCUAGUCAGCUCAGCGGUGCUGCCAUGGCGUGGCGGCGGCGGGAAGCCGGCGUCGGGGCUCGCGGCGUGUUGGCUCUGGCGUUGCUCGCCCUGGCCCUGUGCGUGCCCGGGGCCCGGGGCCGGGCUCUCGAGUGGUUCUCGGCCGUGGUAAACAUCGAGUACGUGGACCCGCAGACCAACCUGACGGUGUGGAGCGUCUCGGAGAGUGGCCGCUUCGGCGACAGCUCGCCCAAGGAGGGCGCGCAUGGCCUGGUGGGCGUCCCGUGGGCGCCCGGCGGAGACCUCGAGGGCUGCGCGCCCGACACGCGCUUCUUCGUGCCCGAGCCCGGCGGCCGAGGGGCCGCGCCCUGGGUCGCCCUGGUGGCUCGCGGGGGCUGCACCUUCAAGGACAAGGUGCUGGUGGCGGCGCGGAGGAACGCCUCGGCCGUCGUCCUCUACAAUGAGGAGCGCUACGGGAACAUCACCUUGCCCAUGUCUCACGCGGGAACAGGAAAUAUAGUGGUCAUUAUGAUUAGCUAUCCAAAAGGAAGAGAAAUUUUGGAGCUGGUGCAAAAAGGAAUUCCAGUAACGAUGACCAUAGGGGUUGGCACCCGGCAUGUACAGGAGUUCAUCAGCGGUCAGUCUGUGGUGUUUGUGGCCAUUGCCUUCAUCACCAUGAUGAUUAUCUCGUUAGCCUGGCUAAUAUUUUACUAUAUACAGCGUUUCCUAUAUACUGGCUCUCAGAUUGGAAGUCAGAGCCAUAGAAAAGAAACUAAGAAAGUUAUUGGCCAGCUUCUGCUUCAUACUGUAAAGCAUGGAGAAAAGGGAAUUGAUGUUGAUGCUGAAAAUUGUGCAGUGUGUAUUGAAAAUUUCAAAGUAAAGGAUAUUAUUAGAAUUCUGCCAUGCAAGCAUAUUUUUCACAGAACAUGCAUUGACCCAUGGCUUUUGGAUCACCGAACAUGUCCAAUGUGUAAACUUGAUGUCAUCAAAGCCCUAGGAUAUUGGGGAGAGCCUGGGGAUGUACAGGAGAUGCCUGCUCCAGAAUCUCCUCCUGGAAGGGAUCCAGCUGCAAAUUUGAGUCUAGCUUUACCAGAUGAUGACAGAAGCGAUGAGAGCAGUCCACCAUCAGCCUCCCCUGCUGAAUCUGAGCCACAGUGUGAUCCCAGCUUUAAAGGAGAUGCAGGAGAAAAUACGGCAUUGCUAGGAGCCAUGUGUUCACAUGUCAUGUGGACCAGUAUUUAACUGUGGAAACCGCGGGUGGCAUGGAGAAGGAGGCAGUGUCCGUGACUGUGCUGCUCUCCGCAGCCCCCUGCCUGCUGUCCUGCUUCCUCGGCUCCUCGGUGUCUGGACUGGCGUUCUGGGUUUCCCAGCAGAAAACUAAAGGGCCAGAGAGGUGUAAAAACACACACCACUUGGCAGGUAAUAAUUUCCCCGCAUGCUAUCUUUUUAGGGAUCCUGAACACACAGCCUUUCCCAAAAGACUGCUCCCUCCAGCUACUGAGGAAUGAUGACAAGAAAAGGCCGAAUUGCAGUGUCUCCAUCAGCAGUUUGCUCUCCAUGGGCACACGAUGACAAAAUAUCCUGAAGCGAACCACUAGUCUGACCUCAGUAGCAGGAUUGGACGCUUCAUGCCAUGGGAGCUGUCAAGAAAGGCAUCCCAAAGAGAACUGAAAUUUAAAAAUAAUAAUAGACCUUCAGGAAUAGGUGAUUGUCCCCAUAUACUGGGGAUGAAAUACGCAAUGUAACCAAAUUCCCCAGUAAGGUCACUUAGUUUGGCAAUAGUCUUUUCUUUUGAGCAUGUUGAAGUUUAUUUGCUCAAUGAAGGCUGAAAUUAUAAGUCAGUAUAUAGGUAUUACUAAGUAGAACUUGAGGUAAUUAUAUGUUUUAGUCAAAAGCAGUUUCUGUGGGCUUGGUAUAAACCCUACUUUGUGAUUUGCUAAAGCACAGGAUGUUGACUCAAACCAAAACUAGUUUUGUAGUUAAUAUGUGUUGUGUUUCUGUGACUUAAUAGUCAACUAGAAACGCCACCUACAACAACCCAGCUACUUAAGUUUUAAAAGUUUUUUUUAAAACACUUGUCACCAUAUUUUGAAAAAUACUAACAUUUGGAUUACUAGUUAUAAAAGUGUAAUUUCUACUGUGUCAUAAUCAGCCAUGCAGCUGGAGACUUGCCCUCUUUGUACAGCAAAGUUGUGAAAAAAAGUAUUUGCACUACAUUUAUUUAAACAUUAGGAAAAAAAGCCAACCCAUGCUUUUCUUUGCCGAGAUGUAGGGCUGUAUUAUUGGCUAGUGAGAAGCCUGGGAACACUAGGACUUUGUGUGGGCUGAUUGCAGGUAUCAGAUCCGGGAUUAUACAGGUACUGUUGGAAGUAUCUUGGGGAUUUUCCUGAUAAGAACAGUAGUGAUUGCAUAAAAAGGACAGGAUGUAAAGUGAAAUCAGUAAAAUAUCUUAGUAGACAGAGGGUGCUGAAAUUUUAACAAAUGUGUAAAAAGUUCUUCCUAUGCAUUAAUUUUCCAGAUACCCUUAAAAUGUUUAAGGAAUGUAAUUCAAAAUACUGUUUAAAAGAGACAUGUGACCAUCAUUCUCCCAGAGAAUGUGAAUCAUUUAGUGUGCUACUCAAAAUUAGGUGUAAAUGUAUAUGUACACUAUAAGAAUAAAAAUCGAUACCAUUUCUUUAAAGCUUUCUAAAAUAAACUUAAUUAUUUCUAAUA